CAGGUUCCCAAGUUGCCAGAUGCCAGUACAACACAAAAAAAACCUUUUGAGAUGAAAAAAUUCGUAUUUUGUUAGGUCUGAAUAGAAAAGAGGCCUGUAAUUCACCUGCAGACUACGCCUAUAUUCAGGCGCCAUGCAGCGAUCUCUCUUUAUAGUUUAUGCAGUCACUACCGAGCGCUACACUUGUACACAGCUGAUAUUUACCUAUUGAUUUUCCUUCUUUUCCUAAAUAUCCUUUAUUUACUUCGAUUCAUUCUCAACAAAUUUUCUCAAUUCAGCACCAGCAAGACUAUUCAAAGAGUGGAAGAUAGACAAACGAAAUACCAACAACAGGGAAGAUUGGACAAGAAUACAUUCGUUUCUUACCUACAAUAUCUUGUAUAUACAUAUAUAAAUAUUAGUAUAUUUAUAUAUAUAUAUAUAUAUAUAUAUAUGGAUGCAUAUAGUUCAAUAUAGAUAUUGGCUAUAUUUAUAUUCAUAUGUAGUAUUGGUGGAAGACCCUUUUUCUACAUUCUAAAUACUCCUUGUUUGACGGUAUUGAAAGAGUAUACUCCUUUUUAGAGCUACCUCAUGUCUUCACCUCACUCGGACCUCAUGGGUCAAGUAGAUUUAAUAAAUAAUCGAUCGAGCGAUUUAAAAUCUCCAGGAUCUAUUCCGUCCCUCUCUCCCUCUUCUUCAUCGAUAUCGUCACAUUUUAGUCCUCCAAUUCAAAUUUCCCCUUCGAAAGAUCUAUGCGCCAUCUGUGGAGAUAGGUCGUCUGGCAAGCACUACGGAGUUUACUCGUGCGAAGGAUGCAAGGGAUUUUUUAAAAGAACGGUUCGUAAGGAUCUCACAUAUGUCUGCAGGGACGAAAGGAACUGCGUUGUCGAUAAAAGACAACGAAACAGAUGUCAGUACUGUCGCUACUCGAAAUGCCUGAGAAUUGGUAUGAAAAGAGAGGCUGUUCAGGAAGAGAGGCAGAAGGCUAAGGACAAGAAUAAUGAAGAUCAAGUGGAAUCUUCCACGUCAGUUAAUUCUGAUAUGCCGCUCGAAAAGAUUUUGAAUGCUCAACUAGCGGUUGAGCCGGUUAAUGACACGUACAUAGAUGCCCCUGAUAACGCCAUUCAAAACAUUUGCCAAGCGGCCGACCACCAACUCGUUUCACUAGUCGAUUGGGCAAAGAGAAUUCCACAUUUUAUUGAUUUAAAUCUUAAAGAUCAGGUUGCCCUCCUCAAGUCUAGUUGGAAUGAAUUACUUAUCAUCAACUUUUGCCAUAGAAGUGUGGCAGUCGAGGAAGGUCUUUUGCUUUCAACUGGUCUCCAUAUACAUCGCUCCUCCGCCCAUCAGGCGGGCGUUGGUGUUGUAUUCGACAGGGUCCUAACAGAGCUAGUCGCUAAAAUGAGACAUAUGAAAAUGGACAAGACCGAAUUGGGAUGUCUCAGGACAAUUAUUCUCUUUAAUCCAGACGCGAAGGGUCUAAGAGACGCUAGAAAGAUUGAAUCUCUCAGGGAAAAGGUCUACGGCAAUCUGGAAGAAUAUUGUAAGCAAAAAUAUCCAAAAGAGCCCGGUCGGUUUGCUAUGCUUCUCCUCCGAUUGCCUACUCUCCGAUCGAUAGGCUUAAAGUGUAUUGAACACUUGUUCUUUUUGAAGUUGAUCGGUGACACACCUAUAGAUAAUUUUCUUAUCGAAAUUCUCGAUUACAAUCAACAUUGCCACGGGAAAAGUUAAAGCAACGACACAAUAGGAAACAAAAGAAGCAUCUUCUCACCUUCGACCUUUCACACUUAACGAUAUUAAUCCAUUCAAUUUUCGUAUUUUACGCUUAGUUUUAUCAAUAAUAAAGAGAAAA